AUGUCUAACCAAGGUGUAAUGGCACAGACCAACACGACGGCUGAUAAGGAUUUUAUUCUACUGGCUUUUACUGACCUUCACCAGUUCCAGAUCUUGCUUUUCCUAGUUUUUCUUCUGAUAUACAUAACAUGCAUGGUUGGGAACAUCGCUAUUAUCCUUAUCAUUAAGAUGGACACUUGUCUUCACACGCCGAUGUACAUUUUUAUUAGCUUAUUUGCUGCCUCGGAAUAUUUCUUUAUGUCAUCCACUGUUCCCAACCUCCUUUCUAACCUCAUUGGUAAUACCAAGAGUAUAUCGUUUGCUGGCUGCUUUGCACAGUUCUAUGCUGUUUGUACUUUGGGAGGGACAGAAUGUUACCUCCUUGCAGUCAUGGCGUUUGAUAGAGACUUGGCCAUUAAUUUCCCUCUGCGCUACUCGGCUAUCAUGAGCCAAUCUUUGUGCAUUAAGCUUGGAAUUUUCCCAUGGAUUCUCUGCUUAUCUAUUGCAUCACUGCCAACAAUUUUUACUCUUGGUAUGGAAUUCUGUGGUCCAAAAGAACUCAACCAUUUUAUCUGUGACUUAGGUCCCUUAGAACAUAUAGCUUGCUCCGUGCCGUUCAUCAACAAAAUGAUUGUUAUCUUCACAGCAUUAUCUGAGAUUGUUUCACCUUUCAUUAUCACAAUUGUAUUCUACAUCCAUAUCAUUACCACAAUUCUAAAUAUUAGGAGUACGAUCGGUAAAAAGAAAGCGUUCUCUACUUGUUCUUCUCAUCUCAUGGUUGCCAGUUUGUUCUAUAGCACAGCCAUCAUUGUGUAUAUGACACCUCAGGGCAGUCAUGAAAAAUAUCUUGCACUGAUAUACAAUGUCGUGACUCCUUUGAUCAACCCAUUUAUAUACACUUUAAGAAAUAAAGAUGUAAUCAAAGCUUUCAAGAAAUUAAAAGCUAAACUUUCUUAA